UGUGCAUUUGUGUAAGAGGAGUGAAGAACACGGAGACUUCACCGGGCAGAGUUAGGAAACGUGGCCUUACAAGAGAUCCGAGCUCAUCUCAAUGAGAAGCACACUCAGUUGACAGUCUCAACAUAUCUAUAUAGAACGGGCACCGUAUUUAAACGCGCGAAAACAUGGCUGAUGUGGAGCAAAACGCAGCUGUGCCAGACGGAUCCAGUAACGGAUCGGAUGCGGUUAACGGGACCGCGGGCCGGUUCGUCUCCAGUGCCGAGGGCACAGCGUUGGCGUACGGGAGCCUGCUGCUCAUGGCCCUGCUGCCCAUCUUCUUCGGAGCGCUCAGGUCCGUGGGCUGCUCCAAGAGCAAGAAUGCUUCAGAUAUGCCGGAGACCAUCACAAGCAGAGAUGCUGCUCGAUUCCCCAUCAUUGCCAGCUGCACUCUCUUUGGCCUAUAUCUCUUUUUCAAGAUUUUCUCGCAAGAGUACAUUAACUUGCUGCUAUCCAUGUAUUUCUUCGUGCUGGGAAUAUUAGCACUGUCUCACACAAUGAGUCCCUUUAUGUGCAGAGUUUUCCCUGCUCAAUUGCCAAAUAAGCAGUAUCAGCUGCUGUUCACCCAGGGCUCAGGAGAAAGCAAAGAGGAGAUUGUCAACUAUGAGUUUGACACUAAGGAUCUGAUAUGCCUGGGAAUCAGCAGUGUGGUAGGGGUCUGGUACGUCCUCAAAAAGCAUUGGAUAGCCAAUAACCUGUUUGGUCUGGCUUUUGCCCUGAAUGGAGUUGAGCUGCUCCACCUCAAUACCGUCAGCACUGGAUGCAUCCUGCUGGGAGGUCUGUUUGUUUACGAUGUGUUCUGGGUUUUCGGCACCAAUGUUAUGGUGACAGUUGCCAAAUCCUUCGAAGCCCCAAUUAAGUUGGUUUUCCCACAAGAUUUGCUGGAAAAAGGUUUGGGUGCCAGUAACUUUGCCAUGUUGGGACUGGGGGACAUUGUCAUUCCGGGAAUCUUCAUUGCUCUGCUCCUGCGCUUUGAUGUCAGUUUGAAGAAGAACACACGAACUUACUUCUACACCAGUUUCCUGGCUUACAUCUUUGGCCUGGGUCUUACCAUAUUCGUUAUGCACACCUUUAAACAUGCUCAGCCUGCUCUGCUAUACCUGGUCCCUGCUUGUGUUGGAUUUCCAGUGCUGCUGGCCCUAUUUAAAGGAGAACUGACGGAGAUGUUCAGCUAUGAGUCGUCAGAUGAAGUUUUGCCCCACACCCCGCGGCUCACUCAUUUCCCCACUGUGUCGGGCUCUCCAGCUAGUCUGGCUAACUCCAUGCAGAGUUUUGACCUGUCGACCCCCGGCCGUCGCCGGCACACACCCUCCGACAUGUAACAACUGAAUUCUUCUUUUCCAUUACUGUGCAGAUACGAAGAAUCUUCACCAGAGGAGGCAUCAUCGAAAGUGGAAAUAACAGAAUCUGAUAAAGACAAAUAAAAAUGCUAAUUGAGACCUCAUUCAUGUCCUACAUUUGUUUGUUAUAGUGAUGUGGUCAUGUGGCAAACUGUCAUGUUCUGAGUCUGCUCAUGGCAGUCAUAUGUUCUGUAAUUUUGAACUUUAUUUUAAUGUACAACAGCUUUCUCAGUGCCUGUGUAUUCUCCUUGUUCCUUUUGUUCAUUUCAUUGCCUUCAACAUUCAUAUUUAAAGAUUUGAUUGGCUUAUUAUUUUUUUUUUUUUAAUUGUUAUAAUACAGUAUUUGAACAGGGUAGAAGUUAGGCUCUCUGAAUGUGUCCGAUUGCUCUAAAAAAAAUUAAAUAUCUGAUGUCACAAUUACCUUUUUUGGUACCUAUUCCUGUGUAGCUGGUUUCUGUUAUUAGUUUUACACUAGGAUCUCACAAGAGAUUCAGUUUGUAAAACCCAAGUAAUUGUACAUCUUUUAUUACAUGAAAGGACAAAAACAUUCUGGAUUCAAUAUUUUUACUUUAUGCAAGUGUAAACAAAACAGUGGGACCAAAUAUCUCCCUAGCAAGUGAUGGUAGUGUUUACAUGUUAGGUUUUUCUGGAUGUAGUUGAAGGGUUCUAGUUUAGUUUAGUUUAGUUUUCUGUAUUUGACAUAUUUAUUUGUGCACCUCAUGCUUAGAUUAGUAACCAUCAUUUUACAGUCUUCUCUUGUGUAAUCUUUCUUUUCUCAAUGUAAAAGUUUAAGCUUAUGUGAGGAACAUUUCUUCCUCGGUUUAACUUUUUUAUUUGCAUUAAACUGUGGUGUUUACCACUUUAGUAAAGCAUA